AUGGCCGAACAUCUAGACUCCACUUCUUUGGCCAAUAACCAGUGGGUGUCCACUGGCGCUAUGAACGAUACAAUCUCCAUGGAACCGGGACCUAGCGCCUAUGGACUUUUGCAGGAGCGGCCUUGGCUGCUCUUGGUGAUUCCUGUUGCCAUCCAGAUCAUCAAGAUGGUCUAUCGUGCCCACAUCCAUACCUUGCGCCACAUUCCUGGGCCUUGGAUCAGCUCAGCGACAUCCCUUUGGAUCCGUUGGCAAAGGUGGCAUGGCCGCCUCUCAUUCGAGGCCGACAAGCUGAUGACAAAGUACGGAUCCAUCGUCAGGAUUGGCCCCAAUCUCAUCAUUUUGAACGACUCCGAGGCCGUUGAAAAGAUCUUUGGGAGGAAGGAUCUAGACACUUCACCCACGUCUAUUCGUGCUUUGCGCGUUGGCGGUCACGACUGGACAGUCACUUAUCCGCAACAUCCUAUUGCACGUCAACGCCGCCAUCCAGUCAUGAUCGCAACAACAACAAAGAGCCCUAAACAUCGACAUGACAUUUUUGUCACUAACACCGAAGCUAUGGUGCGCGAUCUUGCACGGUCCGACGGAAGCAAGUCAGAAGACAUUGUCAUCAUAGGAGGUUCUAGCGUGGAUCUACAGUGUGACUCUUUUCCUCGAAUUGUGGGAGAAUACAAUUUCCUCGUCGUUUGGAGGCUCUGUCUUCCCGACUGGCUGUUUACCUGGUUGCAAUACAGUCCAUUCGAACAUGCUCGAUUCCGCGUGCGCUCAAGCGAUGCCCCAUUUGACCUAGGUAGUGCAUUAUGUCAACAGGCCGCCGAAGGAAAAGACAUGAGCGAAGAGGAUCCAAGCGUCUACCAAUUGUUCACUGAUACAAGCGCCAAAUAUCCUACACAGUCAUGGACAAACCCCGAACUCGGCGCGGAGAUGGCUGGCCAAGUCCUCGCUGCCACUGAAACCACCUCUUCCGCACUCGCUUUCAUCUACUACGAACUAGCCAAGAACCAAGAGCUGCAGCGAGAGGUCUACAAAGAGCUGUGCGCCCACGAAGGAUACGAAGAACUCAACUCUCUCAAACUACUAGACGCAUGCAUCAAAGAAGGACUAAGAUUUCGCCCGCCAGUAGCACUCACCGGAAGUCGUAUGGUACCAGCUGGCGGCAUGGACGUCCUUGGCUACUACUUGGCCGCAGGCACCGUCAUCAUCACGCAAUCCCUUUCGAUGAGUCGUCAAUGCCCCGAUCUCUUUCCAGACUUCGACAGCUACAACCCACUGCGCUGGCUCGAUGAGGAGAACAGCGCUGAGAAACGGCGUCAUCUUGUCCCAUUCGGCGUCGGCGCUCGUCGCUGCCCAGGAGGAAACAUGGCGACGUAUCAAAUGCGUAUGAUUCUUGCUGCUACUUUUCGCGCGUUUAGGAUCACCUUGGCGCCCGAGACAACGCCAGAGAAGAUGGCGCCUUUUGAAGCUAAUGGAUAUCGCUCGCGCCAUGACAGGUGUGACCUGGUCUUUACGCCACGGUUGGUGUGA